AUGCCUUAUCUAUGCUCGGCGUAUUAUCUAUAUGCCCCCUGGGCAUCGAAUGACGACACGAUUGUGUCGUUCCGUUUGCCGGAAGCUAAGUUGGGUGACAAGAUGGAAGGCCUUGCUAAUAUCCAUGGGGACAUCAGGCCCGAGGCUAAUCUUCGUGAUCGGAUGGGAGAUCCCGAUGAUGAUGAGAAGGCCUUACGACAUAUUCUACAAUCAGAAGUAGAAACAAGUGCUUACGCAUCGGGACCUCUCCUUGAUAGAGAUGCUCCAAGACGAAGAGAUCCGGUCAUUACCGGCAUUAUCGACUGGUCCCUCGCGGAAACCAGAGCCUUCGGCAUAGAACUCGAGUUCUUGCAUACAUCGUCGGGUAAUAUGAACUCAAGGAAUUGGUCUGACCAUACGUGUCACGAGACGACGGAUGAGGAGUUUUGGGCUGAGUUCUGGGAGUGA